AUGAAGCUUCAUGGUCUCAUAGCCCUUUCCGGGCUUCUAGCGGCCUCAGAGGCUGUAUCCUCCGGCCAGGAUACCCUCAUCCUGCCCAGGAAGCAGGAAAAGCGGCAGCCGAACGUGCUGUUUAUCAUGUCCGACGAUCAAGAUUUGGAACUGAAUUCCCCAGCCUUCACGCCGUAUAUCCGGAAACAUAUCCGAGACAAGGGCGUCGAGUUUACCAAUCACUUCGUGACAACCUCCCUCUGCUGUCCGUCGCGGGUCAGUUUGUGGACGGGGCGGCAGGCUCACAACACCAAUGUUACAGAUGUCUCGCCACCAUGGGGAGGAUAUCCCAAAUUCGUGUCGCAGGGUUUCAACGAGGCCUGGCUCCCGGUGUGGCUGCAGGAAGCCGGCUACAACACUUACUACACGGGUAAACUCAUGAACGGCCACACGACGAGUAACUACAACUCCCCCUUUCCCAACGGGUGGAAUGGAUCGGACUUUUUGCUUGAUCCAUACACAUAUUCCUAUCUCAACUCCACUUACCAGCGGAAUCGCGAGCCCCCCAAGAGCUAUGCAGGCAACUAUACGACAGACGUGAUUACAGAAAAGGCCUUGGGCUUUCUCAAUGACGCCCUAAGCAGUGACCGGCCAUUUUUCCUUGCCGUUGCUCCCAUUGCGCCGCAUUCCAACAUUGAUCCUAGUGCGCUGGGCCAUGGGGGCACGAAGGGUACAUUGAUGACCGCUCCCAUUCCUGCGGAGCGACACAAGAAUCUCUUUCCAGAUGCCAAAGUGCCGCGGACGGCCAAUUUCAACCCCAAAGUGCCUACCGGAGGCGGUUGGGUGCAGAACCUACCGCUGGCAAAUCAGACUGUCAUCGACUACCAGGAUCAUUUCUACCGCCAGCGAUUGCGCUCGCUACAGGCGGUGGAUGAGAUGGUUGAUGCUCUUAUCACGCGACUGGAGGAAAGUGGUCAGGCCGAAAACACGUAUAUUAUCUACACUGCGGACAAUGGGUUCCACAUUGGCCAGCACCGGAUGCCGCCUGGUAAGUCGUCUGGAUACGAAGAAGAUAUCCACGUCCCUUUCUAUAUCAGAGGACCCGGCAUCCCCGAGGGCAUUGACGACGACUCGGUCACCACACACAUUGAUCUGGCUCCGACCUUCUUCAAGCUUGCUGGGAUCCCUCUGCGAGAGGACUUCGAUGGCACUCCGAUGUCUAUCGCAAAGGGUGCCAAAGGCAUCGCCCACGAACAUGUAGCAGUGGAAUUCUGGGGUAAAUCGCCGCUGGAGGGAGAAUACGGCGCCUUGGCACCUGGCGACUCGUUCUCCAUGCCCAACAACACGUACAAAUCCGCCCGUAUUGUUGGCAACGGAUACAGUCUGUACUACUCGGUCUGGUGCAACAACGACCACGAGCUGUACGAUAUGCACCAAGAUCCCUACCAGGUCAAUAAUCUCUAUACCAACGCCAAUGCGACGACCCCUCAUCUACUCGGCCGCGAUCUGUCCAACGUCAUCUCCCGACUUGACGCGCUGCUGAUGGUUCUCAAGUCAUGCAAAGGCGAUACCUGCAUCCAGCCGUGGGACGUGAUCCAUCCGGAUGGCUCGGUGAAGGAUCUACGGGAUGCGUUGAACAAAAGGUAUGAUGAGUUCUAUCGUGCCCAGCCCAAGGUCUCGUACUCGGCCUGCGAAGGAGGGUAUAUUGUCAGUUCGGAGGGACCACAGAAUGGAUUGGUCUAUCGCGAUGGAUUGAGCUGGGAGGCCUGGACUUGA